AAUAUCUUGACAGACAAGAGCUUCAUUUAUUUUAAGAAAACAUCAGUAGUUGAUCAACAAUCUAAAAACUACAAUGGAUAUGUGUAAUCUGUUGUAUCUUCUUUUAUCACGACUAAUUCAAGUAGAAGUUAGUGAAGGUAUAUUAGAAGGUGAAGUUGUAAGCAGUGAAUACGGAUGUCCCUUCUUUAGCUUCAAAGGCAUCCCUUACGCAGAGCCACCAGUCGACGACCUAAGGUUCAAGGCUCCUCAACCUAAACAACCAUGGCAAGGAGUUCGCAAAGCCACAGAACAUGGCUCAAGCUGCUUUAAGUAUGAAAUGUUCACAAACGAAACCAGUGCGGCUGAUGGAAGCGAAGAUUGUUUAUAUCUUAAUGUUUACGCGCCAAAUAUUGCCCCACUUAAGCCAUUGCCUGUUAUGGUUUUCAUACACGGGGGUGGUUUUGUAAGUGGUAGCGGUGAUGAUAUAGAAUAUGGACCCAAAUUUUUAUUAAGAAAAAACGUUAUCGUCGUUACCUUAAACUAUAGACUAGAAGUUUUAGGUUUCCUCUCUCUGGACACCGAAGAUAUCCCUGGUAAUGCAGGAAUGAAAGAUCAAGUAGCAGCUUUGAGAUGGGUCAAGAAUAAUAUUAAACAUUUUGGUGGUGACCCUGAUAAUAUUACUAUAUUUGGUGAAAGCGCUGGUGGUGCAAGUGUUUCUUUUCAUUUAGUAUCACCCAUGAGCAAAGGCCUUUUCAAAAGAGCUAUAACUCAAAGUGGAACUCUAACAUCAUGGUGGCCAAAUACGUUCAGAGCACGUGACAGAGCUUUACUAUUAGCUAAGGAAUUAGGCUGUGUUUCUACAAAUGACAAAGACAUGUAUGAGUGUUUUAAAGCACAACCCAUUGAAAAUCUUAUCAAAAAGAAAAUACCUCUAACAUAUAUACAGUCAGCUAAAGAAGGUCCCAAUGUUUAUUUCGGUAUAGUUCAAGAAACAAAAUUCGGUGAUAAUGAAAGAUUCUUUUACGGAGACCCAUUCGAAGCUCUCCGAAAUGGUAUACACGAAGGAGUUGAGGUUAUGAAUGGUUAUACAGAAGAUGAAGGAAUACUAUAUUUAUCUAUGGGUAUUGAUGUUAAUAAGGUGUUUGAUCAAGCUAAUAAUUUCUUAGAAUUUUUCGUACCUGAACCGUACACCACGAAUACUCCGUUGAAAACGCAAAUGGAAAUAGGCAAAAGGUUUAAGGAUUUUUAUCUGAAGAAUAAAACCGCUUCGAGAGAGACUUUAGAUGAUUUAUUAAAAUACUUUAACAUGGAGCUGUUUACAUAUGGGGCGAUAAGUCAAGAAAGAAUUCUUGCCAAGAAUAAAAAAAACAAAAGUUUUUUGUAUAAGUUUACAUGUAAAUCUGAGUUGAAUUUAUUUUCUGUCAUGACGGGAUUGGAUCAACUAUUCAAUUACAGACCAACGGUCGCUCAUUCUGAUGAUCUAGGUUACCUUUUUACAUUCAAAGACGUAAACAUGAAUUCAUCUACAUUUAAAAUGAUCGACCAGGUGACAACUCUAUGGACAAACUUUGCAAAAUACGGCGAUCCAACGCCGGAUGACAGUCUGGGUGUGAAAUGGCUUCCGUACACAAUGGAAAAUCAGGACUACUUAGAUAUCGGGGAGAAUUUAGUCCCAAAGCAAUAUCCAGAAAAAGAAGACGUGGACUUUUGGGAAAGUAACUUUAAGGAAUUCCUACCCCAAUAUGUGCCAUAA